AUGGAACAACAAAUUGGGCAGAUUGUGUUGCAGGUUUCAGAAAGAACACCGGGUACAUUUCCUAGUCAAACAGUACCUAAUCCAAGAGGACGAGAAGAAUGUAACGCUGUACGGACUUUACGGCCUGGCAAAAGUUAUGAGAACAGACAUGAAAAUUGCGUUGGAAAUUCGCGAGCAGCACCACAUCCACAAACAGAUUCGGGAAAUUUUGCAAAAUCUGAUAUUUCUGCAGAUUCUGGGCAGCCAGUGACGUCCUCUGGUGUAGAGGGCAACCAACCAGACAUAAUUAUGGACAGCUCAACUGUUCAUGGUCUUGGUCUGAACAUCAUCCAGACUCUAGGGUUUGGUCAUGGUGGAAGAGUUUCUCUGACCCGCAGCUACCACCAGGCACUUGAGGCUUCUGUUGCUCGAAAUUUUGCUGACAACGAAUGCAUUUCUUGCGUGUGUCACAACACUGAUGGGCUCUACAGUGCCAAGCAGACUGCUGUGGUCAGAGCCUCUAAUGACUUCUACUCCCGAGAUCCUACGUCGCACACGAUUCACAUAUCUUCCGUUGCUUAUAACACCCUGUUCCUUGGAGAAUUCAUGCAACCUGACUGGGAUAUGUUUCACAGUUUGCACCCAGCGGCAGAGUACCACGGUGCAGCCCGUGCUCUUGGCGGAUGUGCAAUCUAUGUGAGCGAAAAGCCAGGCAAUCACAAUUUUGACCUUCUAAGGAAGCUGGUUCUCCCUGAUGGAUCUGUCCUCCGUGCCAAGUUACCUGGCAGGCCUACACGUGAUUGUCUCUUCGCUGAUCCAGCAAGAGACAGGACAAGCUUGCUCAAAAUAUGGAAUGUCAAGAAUCUCUCUGGUGUGGUUGGUGUGUUUAACUGUCAAGGUGCCGAUUGGUGCAAGAUUGAAAAGAAGACACGCAUUCAUGAUUACUCUCCCGGUACCCUCAGUGGUUCUGUUCGUGCCGCUGAUGUUGAGGCCAUUGCUCAAGUUGCUGGUGCUGAUUGGAAUGGAGAAACAGUAGUUUAUGCUCAUAAGUCAGGUGAUGUUCUUCGGUUGCCAAAAGGUGCUUCAGUGCCUAUGACUCUUAAAGUUCUUGACUAUGAGGUUUUCCAUUUCUGUCCUCUCAAGGAAAUUACAUCCGACCUCUCAUUUGCACCAAUAGGCCUACUUGACAUGUUCAAUUCAAGUGCUGCUGUGGAGCAGGUUGAAAUCCAAUUGGCUUCUGACAAGAAACCUGAGCUUUCUAAUGGAGAAGUUAGCGAGAACCGAUCCCCAACUGCAACAAUUAGUCUCAAAACCAGAGGAUGUGGAAGGUUUGGAGCAUACUGUUCCCAGUGGCCGCUGAAGUGCACUGUUGACAACGCCAGGACCAACUUCGAGUAUGACUCUGCAUCUGGAUUAACGACGAUUACCAUCCCGGUACCAGAAAAAGAGAUGUACAGAUGGUCAGUAGAGAUCCAAGUGUAAGUGCUCUGAUCUGAUAUGAAGAGUUUAGCUAUUAGGACAUUGUCUUGCAUGUGAAGAGAUGAUGAUGUGUGGUUAAGCAAGAUGGAUUGAGAGACUCAAGUGCCUGGGAAGUAACUAGAUUAUCCAAUAAUGUUGUAGUUUUCCAGUUUCAUAAGUUAUA